GCUGCAGGCGAUGCCCUGCGUGAAUGCGGGGCAGAAAACAAGAAACACUUGACCGGUGCGGAGUGCGGGGUGCGGGGCGCGAUGCGGCGCGGGCUGGCGGCGGCGUUACUGGUGCUGCUGGUGCUGCUGGUGGUGCUGGCGCGCGCCGCCGUCGCCGACCUCGUCUUUAGGGUACCUGAAGUGCUGGUGCGUCAUGCGGCGGCGGCGCGCCCGGUGGGCACUGGCGGCCGGGACAGCGCCGAGCCUGCAAGCGGGAAGGCGGAUGGGCAGGCGGGCGGGCUGGCUGCGGAGGGGCAGGAGGCAAGCGGGCAAGCUGCAGGCCUGCUGGAGGUGCGCUACGAAGAGUACUUCGUAGAGCAUGACAUAUCCACAGCGGCGGCGCGCAAUGCCGCACUGCAUUUAGACCUCGACACUGGUACGACAGCUGCACUGACCUGUCAAUUGUGCAACCUACAUUCACCUCAUAGAAUAAGCGAUUGUUUAACACAGAUGCAUUACUGUAUGGUGAUACAUUAAUCUUAAAAAAAUUGUUCACAAAGAUCUUUGUGAUGAGGCCAGACUGAGUCAUGGCGCGUCAUGAUUUCAUCUACUUUCAGCUCCGUGUUUUAAUUAAUGACAAUUAAACAAGAUCGCAGCGGUGUGACGUCACUGCGAGCGGGAUUCAAAUGAUUAUGGUUUAGUUUUAGCCAAGGAUCGUUAUCUUUCAUUGUUGUUCUUAUACGUUAUUCCUGUACACCCUGUUAGUCUGGUCAUUUGCUUAAUUUUUCACCAUGAUGCGAAGAGAGGUAUUUGUUUGAUAACAGAAUGAUAACAAAACAGUUUAAUUGCAUUGCUAGUUGCUUGUAAACUUGUGAUAGAUUCCUCCGUGCGUUAAAACCAAAACUAACUCUAUAUGAAAUCCAACAAAUCAAACUAUUUAUAAAGUUAUCUCUUAGCAAUGUUUUCAUAACAUAAUUAACAUCGUCGUCGUAAUAACUCAAUUGCAAUAGAGCUGUGCAAUCUGCACCGAGGUAACUAAUUGUGCUCGCAGUUAUUGUCACCAUGUUUAGAACAAUUGAAUAAUUAAAUAGAUAAUUAAAAAUACGUUUUCAAUAGUUAAUUAUUAAAACAGAUAAAAGAUAAAGAAAUUCAAUCAUUAAACAAUAUAGUAAAUGAAGAUGAACCUCUACAAAUGAUACCUUUGUCUGUAUUUCCUACUUCAUACCUUUUGAGUACAAGUCGACGAUACUGUAUACCUAUCUCAAUGACAGCAUGUACAUGUAUCAUCACCAGCUCAACUCAAGACCUGUAGGUUACAAGCGGAUCGGGUGAACGGAUAGAGGAAGAAAAAUGAGCGAGGCGAUGAGACGGCAACCAAAUAACACAAUCAGAUAAGCAAUGCCUAUGGGGGAUUGUCACGGAGACUGCGGGGACGCCCGUCC